AUGUCGCUUUAUGAAACUUCUGAUGGUAUUCUCGAAACCCAUGUAACAUGGGAAGAUAUCGAAUCUGAUCUAAAACAGAAACUUGGAACCAAUGCCACUUUUGGAGAAAACAAGAAAGCUACCAAUAUCAGUGACAUGAAGGGGUUCAUGUCCCGAAUUGCACUUGUUGAACCAGAUUGGCAAAACGUUGAAGAAGGGAAAGAGCUACCAGACAAAUUUGCUCUGAAAAUCUCAUCUCAACUGGCUCUUGUUGUAGUCUCAAAAAUCAUGAACUUUGAGGGAGGAGAAGGUUUUACAGAGGAGAAAUUGAAGCAUUUGUCGAAAAUGACAAGAGAGUGCCAUAAUAGGGAAGUUAAGGCGUACCAGCUCCUCCAGAAGUUCAAUCAUCCCAACAUUCCAUAUACAAAGGUAUAUUCCUUGAAAUCGUUCGAAGAUGAAAAUCAUCUAAAAGGAUACAUGGCCAUUGAAUUCGUUUCGAACAUCCAUUCCUUAUUGAUGUUUCAACCGAUCAAAGCUGACGAUUUAAUCGCACUUGUUCGUGGGAUCGCUACAUUUGCAGCAUUGGCAGAGACUCUUUCUCCGGAAGAAACCUCUUUUGCUAUGGGACCUGACUACUUGGAGAUGGUUUAUGAGCAAUUUAUGAAUGAGACUGAACUAACCAAAAAGUUCGAAGGUUUUCGAAAGAAAUUUGGUGGAGACCCUAAAAAAACGGAGAAAUUGAUUACAACUUUUUACCACUACUUAUCGUUAGUGAAGAAGUAUACUAGAAUUUCGGAGUUGUUGGGAUUUAAAGCAGUGUUGAAUCAUGGAGAUUUGUGGCAAUCAAACGUGAUUCACAGCUUGAAUAAGGAUGGAAGUUUGAAAUUGGAAGCAAUAAUUGAUUGGCAAGCAGUAUGCAGAGCGUCUCCUGGUUUGGACUUGUCAAGACUAUUGUUGGGGUGUCUUUCAGUUGAAGAUCGGCGAAACAGAGGAUCAGAUAUUCUGGAAUGUUAUCAUGAAACGUUCACAAAAGUCUACGGUAAAGAACUGUUCUCAUUCCAAGAGCUCCAAGAUUACUACUACAUGUACGCUCCGAUGAUGGCUAUAUUGCUUCUUCCCGAUAUCGAUUCGUUCAUUGAUAGUGCCAAAAUAUCAGAGGAAGAGAAAGAGGAAGCUAGAAAAGUUGCAUACAAGAAAGUGGUUGCUACGAUGGAUGAUAUUCUCGACAUCCACGACUACAACAUGCAACGUUGGCCAGAAUUCAUGAAGAUCUGA